GGCUGAUCUCCAGGUCCCUGGGAGGAAAUGGAAGAUUAAUUUUAUGGCAUGACUCCCCAUUGAAACCCCUCCCCUCCCGCUCUCCUCAGGCUCCUAAAAAAUGUCCAGGUAUUUCCCUGGCAACCCUAAAAGCCGCAGUGCGAUUCCCCAUAUAUAGGCGGCUUUCGGUUGGGUACCGGAAGUUUGAGUUUUUCUUGCCCCUAACAGCCCUCACCCUUUCGCCUAAAGUGACUCCCGGCAUGCCGUGCGCAAGGGCGGGAGACCGAGAUUAGAAACUCAGCGGUGACUGCAAGUGGAGCUUUCCUGUGUCCGGCGUCGGUUGCGUUGCUAUGGUAACGCAGUUUGUAGCCCCAGACUGGGACGGCUAGGGAAAAUACGCGCGCGUGCGCAGUCGUCAAUUUGAGGAUCCGGCUGGGCAGUCCUGUUUUAUGGUGUGGCGGCUGAGUGAGCAGAAAAAUCUUUCAACGGCGGCGGAAGAAUGUCACGAAAGAGUUCCAAAGAAACGAAAAAAGCGAACAUUUCCAGCUCCUUGGAGUCUGAAGAUAUUAGUUUGGAGACUACAGUACCGACCGAUGACAUCUCCUCCUCAGAAGAACGAGAAGGCACAGUCAAAAUUACCAGGCAGCUGAUAGAGCGGAAGGAGCUGCUUCAUAAUCUCCAGUUGCUGAAGAUAGAGCUUUCCCAGAAGAACUUGAUGUUAGACAAUCUGAAAGUGGAGUACCUGACAAAAAUUGAAGAACUAGAAGAAAGGCUUAAUGAUGCUCUCCAUGAAAAGCAGCUGCUAUCUUUGCGACUGGAUAAUCAGUUGGCAUUACAACAGGAAGAUGCUCGAAAACAUAAAGAGUUAAUGAAGCAGGAAAUGGAAACCAUCUUGUUGCGCCAGAAGCAACUGGAGGAGACUAAUCAUCAGUUAAGAGAACGGGCAGGAGAUAUUCGUCGCAACCUGCGUGACCUUGAAUUGACCGAAGAAUACUAUGCCAAACUCAAAUCCCUUCCUGAGGAAGAACUUUCACUUCCUGAAUAUGUGUCUAUCCGAUUCUAUGAAGUGGUGCAUCCCUUAAAAAAAGAACUAAGCGAGCUGCAGGUGAAAAAGGAGCUGUUGUCUGAAGAACUUAAGGAUUACAAAUCUCAGCUGAAAGACCUGACGGAGAGUUAUGAAACAGAGAGAAGAACUCGGUCAGAACUAGAUGUCAGAUGUCAACGUUUAACACUCGAACUAGCAGAUACAAAACAAAUGGUGCAUCAAGGAGACUAUAGGCAAGAGAAUUAUGAUAAAGUGAAAUGUGAACGGGAUGCAUUUGAACAUGAUUUGUCGGAACUCCGAAGAAAACAUGAAAUAUUAGAAGUGUCUCACACAGCGCUAGCUAAAGAAAGAAACGAUUUGUCAAAAGAGGUUGCAACUUUACAACAGUCUGUUACCUUGCUACAAAAGGAUAAGGAUUAUCUCAAUCGUCAAAACAUGGAGCUCAAUGUUCGUUGCGCUCAUGAAGAAGAUCGUCUUGAAAGGCUUCAGGUUCAGCUAGAAGAUGCCAAAAAGUCUAGAGAAGAAAUGUAUGAGAAAUAUGUGACAUCCAGGGACCAUUAUAAAACUGAAUAUGAAAACAAACUGCACGAUCAACUAGAGCAGAUAAGGCUAAAAACAGCACAGGAAAUAGAACAUCUUCGAACAGCAACAAAGGAAAUGUACGAACGUGAAAACAGAAAUUUGAGAGAAGCAAGAGACAAUGCUGUGACUGAAAAAGAGAGGGCAGCCGCCAGUGAAAAAGAUGCAUUUGGAAAAUAUGAGCAGCUAUUAGAACAGUAUAGGCAGCUGCAACUCAGCACCGAAAGCAAAGUGGCUGAACUUCUUCAUCAGAAUAAAUUAAAGUCCUUUGAAAGUGAGCGAGCACAGCUCGUCCAAGAGGAAACGGCCAAGAAUCUUUCGCAGUGCCAGCUGGAGUGUGAAAAGUACCAACGAAAACUGGAAGUUUUAACCAAAGAAUUUUACAGUCUUCAAGCAGCCAGCGAGAAGCAGAUUUUGGAACUUCAGUCACACAAUUCUGACUAUCAGUCGAGGCUCGGUGCAUAUGAGAAACUGGAAAAAGAGCUGGAUGAAAUAAUAAUGCAAACGGCAGAACGCUGUUGGCUCUUCACUGGUUCAGUCAGCAACACACCAACCAUCUUUUUGCAGUUUUACACCGGCAAGGAUUCAUUCCCACAGCUGGCCAAAGAACCCAGAUGGAAACAAAGCGUCCAUUUGGCAAGGCGGCUGCUGCAGCUAGAGAAGCAGAACUCCCUCCUUGCAAAAGACCUGGAGCAUCAGAAGGAACAAGUAACCCAGAUUUCACAAGAGCUGGACAGAGCAAAUUCCUUGUUGAAUCAAGUCCAGCAGCCUUAUAGAUACCUGAUUGAAUCUGUGCAGCAGAGAGACUCUCAAAUACUUUUGCAUAGAGAACACAUUACACAACUUGAGGAGGAUGUGAGCCUUUUAAAUAAAGAAAAGACAGCUUUGCUGCGUGUCAAGAAUCAAAUGGCAGCAGACUUAGAAAGACUUUUAAAUCACCGUGAGGAACUUGCUGAGAUGAAACAGAUGUUGGUUAAUCUUCAUGGUAAACCCCAUGGUAAACCCCAUGCAGACAGUUUACCUCAGAAAAAGGUUAAAAGUCAGCCAGCAAAACCUCAACCGAGUUCCUCUGUCAACUUGCCUUUGGAGCGAGAGGCGGAAAAUGUGUUUGCGCCUAAACCAACGUUAUUUACCAAUAAAGCCCCACCACAAUGGUUGAAGAAGGUGAAGCAGAAAAAAACACAAUAAACUGAAGAAGUAAAUGUUGAUUAUGAUCAUGCCAGGAACACUUUUUUUAACUACAUACUUAAACAGCAUCGAUGUGAGAUUUUGCAUUUUUGCACUAUAAUUGCUGUUAACUGUGUUGAAAAAUAAAGACACAAGUAAACCAUGU